AUGUCUAUCCUGUAUCUGUUGCAAUAUCUCGAUAAGACAUCUCUUGGCUAUACCGCAAUCAUGGGUAUCAUAGAGGAUGCGAAACUUGUAGGGACGCAGUAUUCUUGGGUAUCCAGCUUCUUCUACGUGGGAUUUCUCGCAGCCAGCCCCCUGGCUUCAAUCCUGUUAGUGAAGUUCCCGGUGGCGAAAGUCGUAGUAGUUUCGGUGCUGAUAUGGGCGAGUAUACAGAUGUGUAUGGCUGGUGGUAAUGACUUUGGGAGUCUUGCUGCCCUGCGCGUCUUGUUGGGGGCUUUUGAGGCUGCAGUGAACCCGGGUCUUACGAUCAUAACAUCUACGUGGUAUAAACCAUCCGAGCAUGCUCUGCGGCAUGGUUUAUGGUACGGAGGAGCCAGCGUCGCCUACAUUUUUGGUGGUAUUCUUGCAUAUGCCAUAUCCCAUAUUCACAGUGUGGUCAAAAACUGGCAGCUCCUGUUCAUCAUCUUCGGGGCCGCUACCUUUCUUUGGGGACUCCUUCUUCUGUGGCUUUUGCCUAACAACCCUCAAACCGCAUGGUUUCUCAAUGAAAGGGAAAGAAAGUUGGCUUUUGCCCGUGUGCAAGGUGCGAGACACUCAGCCGAGACCAGAAAAUGGAACCAUGGGCAGAUGAUGGAAGCGCUUAUGGAUCCUCGGUCCUGGCUGUUCUUCUUACUUUGCAUAUUUACGACUCUCCCUGGUGGUGGCUUGACGGCGGUAUGUUACUACAGCAUGAUCAGAUGCAUCUUCUACCUUUCCAAUCCAGCCCGCACAUUCAACCAACCCACUGCUAAUCAGACAAUUUUGAAGUUUGGAAGCAUUAUCUUGAAGAGCUUCGGUUACAGCGUCUUGCAGACCCAACUUCUCACCAUGUCACAAGGCGCUUUCCUCCUGUUUUAUGUCGCCUUCACUGUGAUUGUAUCAAUAACUUUCAAGAACGCUCGAUGCGUGUCUAUCGCUCUGCUCAACAUCAUAUCCCUGGCAGGAGCCUUGAUGAUCAAACUACUCCCAGAGUCCCACAACCUAAGUCGCCUUGGUGGACUAUGGUUGAUCAGCGCUUACGCUAGUGCCUUUCCUACAAUCCUCAGUCUCGUGUCCAGCAACAUCACUGGACAUACCAAGAAAGCGACAGUCAAUGGAAUGCUAUUUGUUGGCUUCUGUAUAGGAUAUAUUGUCGGCCCACUGACCUUUUUGCCGCGAGAAGCUCCAACUUAUCAGACUGCGUUCAACAUCAUGAUUGCCUGCUUCGUUCUUAAUGUCGCAAUCAUUAUGAUCAUGAGACAGCUGAUGGCGAGAUGGAACAAGAGGCGCGAUCAACGGUUUGGCGCUGAGGCCAGCUUAAGUGGACAAGCUAUCGAAGACAAUGCAGCUCAAAUCGACCUAGAUGAGACCGAUUGGGAGAAUAAGAGCAUCCGCUACUUCCUAUAA